AUUUGAUCGUUGGUUUCUCACCUGGCUUUGCAGUGGGCUCUGUGCCAGGCGCUAAGGACUCAUUAUCGGCAAGACAGGGCUACAGCCCUCACAGUCUGGCUGCCCCCACCCUGAAAACUGACAAAAUUCCCAACCUUCCUGCUUCCUUCCAGCCGGAUCUCAGCAGAGGAACUGGCAUGAGCAAAUGUCCACGGGUGGGGAAGGCCAGGGCAGGUGGGGUGCUGCUGGACAGGAGAAAGUGGGGCUGGGGGCUCUGAUCCAAAUUUAAUGAGUCAAGCCCUGGCAGAGGAAGCUAAGAGCUGGGGAGGCCUAUGGGUCCAGCCGGGCUUAUGGCCAUAUCUGGUGGGCAAGGGGAGCCAGAGGGGGACUGGGAGACAGUGGAUGGCCCCACUCUAAGUAAACCCAAUAAGCAGAAACCAGAUUUGCCUUGGUGUAACAAACCUGGGCUCCUGCAAUGCCCCAAAUCCCUAGGGGCUGCAGAGCCACCCCCACCCCCAGGGUCGACUCACAACGUGGGGGGUGGAGGAUGGAUGGAACCUGGAAGCUGAAAGUGGCACAGAUAAUCUGUUGUUUCUGGACAGACCCCACCUGCCCACCCAGCAGGGUAGAUGUGAAGCCACCAGCCUCUGGUAGGAGCCAGUAUCCAUUUCCCACAGGCUUGGGGACAGUCUCCACUACUCAGGAUCUGAGGCCCUGGCACCCCCUCGUGGUCUCUUGGGUCUGCAACAGAGUUGAGUACUACAAGGCAGCCAGAUUUCCAGGAGGAGUCCAGCCAGAAGGCUCAGGGUCUCUGGAGGGAGCCUUGGGAGCCCGGGGUUUGGGUCUUCCUAUAGGUGGUGAAAAAUCUCCAGAGCCUGGGAACUUUAGGCUUAAUUGAACGACUUCCACCCAGCAGUACUCCUUGUUCCGUCUGAACCUAUACGCAGACCCUAGACCCCCUCAGCUGAGGCAGGCAUGCCCUACAUGCCCUUAAGCAGGUCUCCGACACCCACAGGGAACAGAUCAGGAGAGGGACAGGAAGUGAGUCUCUCCUCCAUGCCCCUGGGAGCACCUGCCUUGGGACUCAUUUUCCCCAUCUGACGACAGGCCUGCAAAAUAUGCUCUGGAAGAGCCUGGCCAUCUCGGCAUGUCAGAGACCUUGUUGCGCUCAGGCACACGUGUACACAUAGGCACAGGCACGCGCAAGUGUGCACACAUACAGGCGUGCACACGCAAGUGAGCACACAUACAGGCAUGCACAUGCAUAAGUGUACACACGCACAGGCGAAAACCACAGGCUCGUGCACGCUAUCACACACACCGGCUCAUGUGUGCGUGUUUUUACAUCCAUACACAAAUACCCAGGUGCACGUGUGCACAUGAGGAAGAGAAGGAACAAAAGCGUGUCGACACGUGCACACGUGCUCCCAAGGCACGGGUGCACAUGCAAGUGUACACAUGAACAAACGUGUCAUGUCAUUGUUUGGUUUGUUGCCAGCAAAGGAUAGACACACACACACCCAGGCACACACAGCAGACAUGCAGUGCCCCCCCCCCCGUCUGCUGGAGUCGUGGAGGUAUGUAGAGGCCCUGCCCAGGUCAGAUCCCAGCCCUCGGUACAGGGCAAAUGCAAUGUCCUCCCUUCCUUCUUGACUCUGCAGAGCAUAGAACCCUGGUCCAGAGUCACCCAGCCCUUCUCAACCACUUCCUUCUGUGUGACCCUCUGAGCCUCUCCUUCCUUAUCAGUAGAAUGGGGCUGAUGACGUGGGUGCGCAUCCACCAGGGCCCAUGUGAGCUUACAAAAUAAGGAGCAGUGCUGGGUCCAGUGCUGGACAUGGGCAGGUGCUCCACGCUUGGCUCUCCCUCUAUGCCCUGCUACCAGCCCCACCUCCCUGCCCCCACCCUAGGGGCUCAGGGUCCUAUUCUCCCCCUUCUAAGCCUGGACCCUACGGAACAUGUCUCCCUGCUCCGGCGCAGGGGCUGGACUGUCUCCACGGUCUCUCCUAGAGGGUUGGGGCUCGUAGAGAGGGGUGCAAAGUCAGCAGCUGAGGGAUUGGGGCCAUGCCAGCCUGAUUAGAAGGGCUGGGGGCUGAGCUGGAUUCACCUGUCCUUGUCUCUCAUUGGCUCUUGGGAACCCCUGGCCCCCAAAUCCCACUAAGCAGCAUCACCCGGGCCUGCACAGGUCUGGGGAAAGCCAGUUGAUUGCCAGUCCCGGAGUCAGAAGGGUGUUGGGAGACCUGAGGCCGGCCCGAGCCCGGCUCUGGGGAUCCCCUCCAUCUAGAAGAGCCAACUAACCACCCUGUUCACCUGCUGCUGGGACCAUGGGGGCUGGGGCCAGCGCUGAGGAGAAGCACUCAAGAGAGCUGGAAAAGAAGCUAAAAGAAGAUGCUGAGAAGGAUGCUCGAACUGUGAAACUGCUGCUUCUGGGUGCGGGUGAGUCCGGGAAGAGCACCAUUGUCAAGCAGAUGAAGAUUAUCCACCAGGAUGGGUACUCGUUGGAAGAGUGCCUCGAGUUCAUUGCCAUCAUCUACGGCAACACACUGCAGUCCAUCCUCGCCAUCGUGCGCGCCAUGACCACGCUCAACAUCCAGUAUGGAGACUCUGCCCGCCAGGACGACGCCCGGAAGCUGAUGCACAUGGCGGACACCAUCGAAGAGGGCACGAUGCCCAAGGAGAUGUCGGACAUCAUCCAGAGGCUGUGGAAGGACUCGGGUAUCCAGGCCUGUUUCGAACGCGCCUCUGAGUACCAGCUCAACGACUCCGCCGGCUACUACCUCUCGGACCUGGAGCGCCUGGUCACCCCGGGCUACGUGCCCACUGAGCAGGAUGUGCUGCGCUCGCGUGUCAAGACCACAGGCAUCAUUGAGACGCAGUUCUCCUUCAAGGACCUCCACUUCCGGAUGUUCGAUGUGGGCGGGCAGCGCUCAGAGCGCAAGAAGUGGAUCCAUUGCUUCGAGGGUGUGACCUGCAUCAUCUUCAUCGCGGCGCUGAGCGCCUACGACAUGGUGCUGGUGGAGGACGACGAAGUGAACCGCAUGCACGAGAGCCUGCACCUGUUCAACAGCAUCUGCAACCACCGCUACUUCGCCACGACGUCCAUUGUGCUCUUCCUCAACAAGAAGGACGUUUUCUCCGAGAAGAUCAAAAAGGCGCAUCUCAGCAUCUGCUUCCCGGAUUACGACGGGCCCAACACAUACGAGGACGCGGGCAACUACAUCAAGGUGCAGUUCCUCGAGCUCAACAUGCGACGCGACGUGAAGGAGAUCUAUUCCCAUAUGACUUGUGCUACCGACACGCAGAACGUCAAAUUUGUCUUCGACGCCGUCACAGACAUCAUCAUCAAGGAGAACCUCAAAGACUGCGGACUCUUUUGAGCUCUCCACCCCACCUCACUGCAGCAGACCCCACCGCAGGAUAUCAGGUGCUGCCCCAGCUCUCCAGACCCAUUCCAUGACCUGGUGCUGGCCCCCAAUUCCCAGGCCCCACCCUGGCCCCUCAGGCUCCGUCCCACGGCCCACCACCACCCUGCAAUCUGGGUGCACAAGUCCCACCCACCUAGUCUCUUCUGACCCCGCCCUAAUCCCUCUGGUGUCGCUGUUUACAAGCCCACCUCCACAGUGCUUCUCAGCCUAAAGCCAAUUAUUUUGGAGCUCAGGGAUGUUGACUCACUUCCUUUUUUCUGUUCACAGGUGCCUGAACUCAUGCGUGUCCCUGACGCCCUGUAGCCCUAGCCCACAGGAGCCUAUCAGCCCCCCAGAACUCCUGAGCCCCAGCCUGUGGCCCCACCAGCCACACACCCAAAACUCUGAGCCCCACUAGCCUUGAGGCCCCGACACUCCCCCGUGUCUCCCAGAGCCCAGUGUGCCCAGCCCCACUGCUGCCCUUCACGGCCUGGCUGCGCUGGCCUCCAGGACCCACCCCAGCCCGCCCCAGCUAGGAACAGGCAGGACCUGGGAUGGUUAGAGCUCGCAGUGACUCAGCAGUGCCCCACUGACCAAUCUCCUGCAGGUCUCUCUCCCCAGCGGGCCCAUGACUCACCUGGUGGGUCUGGGCUCAGCAAACAGCCCUCCCUCCCAGUUUCAUGAAGAGCGGGGGAGCAGGCAGAGAUCCCUCCUCCAAGGCUUACCAUCAGCCCAUUCCAGCCUUACCACCUCCAUGUGACAAGCCUGACACCUGUCUACCCAGUGGCCAGUGACUGUCCCUCUCAGUAGCUUCAGGGGUCCAAAGUCCAAGCCACUCUGGCCCGUGUGGCUCCUGCAUGGAUGAAUUAGUGAGUGGGGGGCACACCUGGGAGCUCCUGGGUGUCAGGAAGAGAUUCAAGCUGGACCCUUCCCCACACAGCAGGCUCAGAGUAACCCCCGGUCCCCUUCCCCCACAGGCUCUGCCCCCUCCGUCCUUGGACACCAGAUCCAUGUCCUACCUCACCCCCACCCACCCACAGUGCUCCAGGCCAGCCGGCCAAGGGGAUGGUCUGUUGAGGGAGGGUACUGUUGACACCAGCGGUGACCAAUGGUCAAACUGUCCUGAGGGGUGGCUGGGGGCAGAGUCCAGCUCCAUCGAUCAGCCCCAGGCAGAGCAUUUGGGAAAUGACUGAGGCCCAGGUUGGGCCCAGAGUGGUCUACCUCAGGUGGGGUCACAAGCAAACCCACGUAACCCUCUUGUCCCUGCCAGCAACUUCUCGAACCCUUUCCAUUCAGGCCCAUUCCCUGGCAGGAAAAACUGAGGGCCAUGUCCGAAUUUUGUCAGGGACAGAGGUUCAUCUCCCUGUAUCCCUGCUCCCAGCUCCUCAUCAGGCCCUGAGUCCUUGCUGAUGCCUGUGAGCCAAGACCUGUGCUAAGUCGAGGACAGGGGCCUCCAUCUCUCAAGGCCAGAUGACAGGCUGCACUCCCCUCGGGUAGAUGCACAGACUCAGCAAUAAACCUUUGCAUCAGG